GCAGCACCUACCGUCCUUCCUCCUCCUCUGCAACCACUGGCAUUUCAUUGCCGAAGGCUGUGCACCCCUCCGUGCUGACAGAGAGAGUCCCUGUUGGCCUCAUGUCCUCAGUUGCAGCUCUGGAAAAACCCACCUCCAACACCAUGGGCCCCAAAGAGGUGGAGCUGAUCCUUGUGAAGGAGCAGAAUGGGGUUCAGUUCACCUCGACCACCAUAGUGGCUCCCACUCCUCCUCAGACUAACCCCAGUGGGGAGGAGGAAAGGGAGACCUGGGGAAAGAAAAUCGACUUCCUCCUGUCUGUGAUCGGAUUCGCCGUUGACCUCGCCAACGUCUGGAGAUUUCCCUAUCUCUGCUAUAAGAAUGGAGGAGGUGCGUUCUUGGUGCCCUACCUGUUCUUCAUGGUGAUAGCAGGCAUGCCUCUCUUCUACAUGGAGCUUGCUCUGGGACAGUAUAACAGAGAGGGGGCGGCAGGCGUGUGGAAGAUUUGUCCCAUAUUCAAAGGUGUAGGCUUCACAGUGAUCCUCAUCUCCCUCUACGUUGGUUUCUACUACAAUGUCAUCAUCUCCUGGGCGCUGUUCUACCUCUUCUCCUCGUUCACCGGCGAGCUGCCGUGGGUCCACUGCAACAACACUUGGAACAGUCCCAACUGCUCUGACUGGGCCGACAACAGCUCAGUCAGUGACAUUUACAAGGCCACCCCUGCUCAGGAGUACUUUGAACGAGGGGUGCUCCACAUCCAGGACAGUAAUGGUAUUGGUGAUCUGGGUCGUCCGCGCUGGCAGCUGACUUCCUGUCUCGCUGUGGUGAUUGUUCUGCUAUACUUCAGUCUCUGGAAGGGAGUCAAGACCUCUGGAAAGGUUGUGUGGAUCACAGCGACAAUGCCCUAUGUGGUCUUGACUGUGCUGCUGCUCCGUGGAGUCACUCUGCCCGGAGCCAUCGAUGGCAUUAAGGCCUACCUCUCCGUGGACUUCCUGAGACUCUGUGACGCCAAGGUCUGGAUCGAGGCAGCGACACAGAUCUGUUUCUCUCUGGGAGUUGGGUUUGGUGUGUUAAUUGCCUUUUCCAGCUACAACAAAUUCAGCAACAACUGUUACAGAGACGCCAUCAUCACCAGCUCCAUCAAUUCUUUAACCAGUUUCUUCUCCGGCUUUGUGGUUUUCUCCUUCCUCGGGUACCUGUCCCAGAAGCACAGUGUAGACCUGGACAAAGUUGCCAGAGACGGUGCUGGUUUGGUGUUUGUCAUUUACCCAGAGGCCAUUGCAACAUUACCGGGAUCAUCAGUGUGGGCAGUUAUUUUCUUUAUCAUGCUGCUGACACUGGGCAUCGACAGUGCUAUGGGUGGGAUGGAAUCGGUGAUCACAGGGCUGAUUGAUGAGUUUAAAUUCCUCCACAAGCACAGGGAGCUGUUCACUCUUUUCAUUGUUGUUGCCACCUUCCUCAUGUCCCUCUUCUGUGUUACAAAUGGUGGGAUGUAUGUCUUCACUCUGCUGGACCACUUUGCCGCAGGAACAUCGAUUCUCUUUGGAGUGCUUAUUGAAGCCAUUGGCAUCGCAUGGUUUUAUGGAGUGGACAGAUUCAGUGAUGACAUUGAGGAGAUGAUUGGCCAGCGACCAGGCAGGUACUGGAGGUUGUGCUGGAAAUUUGUCAGCCCCUGCUUCCUCCUGGUUGUCGUGGUGGUGAGCUUUGCCACAUUCAACCCUCCAAACUACGGCACAUACAUGUUUCCUCCCUGGGCUAACAUGGUGGGGUGGUGUCUGGCCAUUUCCUCUAUGUCCAUGGUGCCCCUCUAUGCCAUCUACAAACUCUGUACUCUGCCUGGAAAGUUUUGUGACAGACUGGCUUAUGCUAUCAACCCAGAGACAGAGCAUCACUUGGUAGACAAUGGGGAGGUUCGGCAGUUCACACUGCAUCACUGGUUGGUGGUCUGAAAAGCACUGAGAGAUAAAGAGAG